GGACCAGAAGUGAGGGGACAAUGCGAGUCCACGUGCACACCAAGUUCUGUUUCCUGUGUGUGCUCACCUUCCUCUUCCAUCAGUGCAACCACUGCCACGGAGAAGGUCACAGCCAUCAGCAUAAUGAACAUCACCAUGUCGGCCAUGACCACGUCCACAGCGACCUGCAGAUUUCUGAGGCUCCAUAUAUGAGCGGAGCCACCGUGUCGCCAGAGUCCAAGAGUCCCAAAGGGGACUCUCUAGAGGAGGAGCAGCGCUUCUACAUCCAGAAGCUGUUCAGCCGCUACGGCCAGAAAGACCGGCUAGAUUUCCAGGGAUUUCAGAGUCUGCUCUUUAGCUUGGGUUUGGGUGAAGUGAAGGUGGUAGGUGUGGAUCAUGAGGAUCUGGGCCAUGACCAUGUAGCCCACCUCGACUUGGUGGAUAUGCAAGAGGGUCUUCACUCACAUUCAUCCAACGAAGACCAUGAUCACGAUCACGGGCACGGUCAUCCACACCGCAUGCCCGGCUCCGAGCCUCUGCACACGGAACAGGCUCCCACAGGGUGCAGUCAGCGGCCCACAGCUGGAAGUCCAGCUGCUGGUGCACCUACAGGGCAUGACCAUAAACAUGAUCAUGGCCACAAUCAUAGACAUGAUGCAGGACAUAAUCAUAAUCACAGCAAGCUAAAGGAUAGUGACCAUAAACAUUCUGAUGGACAUGUGCAGGACACACAUGAUCAUGAUCAUGAAAACAACCAUGAUCCGGCCAAUGACAAACAGCACAAACAUGAGCAGGUACAGGUGCAGUCAAACCCUAAGGACUUUACUUCUCAACCUAUUGAUCAUGACCAUAGUGAUCAUGACCAUAGUGAUCAUGACCAUAGUGAUCAUGACCACAGUACACAUGACCAUAGUGAUCAUGACCACAGUGAUCAUGACCACAGUACACAUGACCAUAGUGAUCAUGACCACAGUGAUCAUGACCACAGUACACAUGACCAUAGUGAUCAUGACCACAGUACACAUGACCAC